GUGGAGUAGUUAAAAACUGGAGUACCCACUUAAAGAUACUUUGGCAGCUGCGGAUUACCAAUCUAGGUGUUCAUCAUAAAAAUAUCUGCCCAAGGAUUGACUUUUAUUAUCACCGCUGUACUCUUCACAGAAUGGAGAGAAAAGCUUUGAUUAUCAUCUGCAUUUUUAUUGCAACAAUACAAAAUGCAACAACUCAGACCACAACAGAUUCAACAUCAUCACCAUCAUCUGUUAGUACAGCUGACACAUCUACAACGUCAUCAGCAGACACAACUCUUGCUGAAACAUCCACCAGUACAGUAGUUACCACAACACCACCACAAACAACAGCUGAAUCCUCUACAACACCUACAGCGACAACACCAGUGCCCUCAACAACAACAGUUCCUGCUGAAACGUCCACCACCACAGCAGGAGAAACCACAACAGCACCUCAAACUAGUGUUACAACAGCUGAAUCCUCCACAACACCAACAACAACAACAACAGUGUCCUCGGCGACCACUACAGUUCCUGCUGAAACAUCCACCACUACAGCAGGAGAAACCACAACAGCACCACAAACUAGUGUUACAACAGCUGAAUCCUCCACAACACCUACAACAACAACAGUGUCCUCAGCGACCACUACAGUUCCUGCUGAAACGUCCACCACCACAGCAGGAGAAACCACAAUAGCACCUCAAACUAGUGUUACAACAGCUGAAUCCUCCACAACACCAACAACAACAGCAGUGUCCUCGGCGACCACUACAGUUCCUGCUGAAACAUCCACCACUACAGCAGGAGAAACCACAACAGCACCACAAACUAGUGUUACAACAGCUGAAUCCUCCACAACACCAACAACAACAGCAGUGUCCUCAGCGACCACUACAGUUCCUGCUGAAACGUCCACCACUACAGCAGGAGAAACCACAACAGCACCUCAAACUAGUGUUACAACAGCUGAAUCCUCCACAACACCAACAACAACAGCAGUGUCCUCAGCGACCACUACAGUUCCUGCUGAAACGUCCACCACUACAGCAGGAGAAACCACAACAGCACCUCAAACUAGUGUUACAACAGCUGAAUCCUCCACAACACCAACAACAACAGCAGUGUCCUCAGCGACCACUACAGUUCCUGCUGAAACGUCCACCACUACAGCAGGAGAAACCACAACAGCACCUCAAACAAGUGUUACAACAGCUGAAUCCUCCACAACACCAACAACAACAGCAGUGUCCUCAGCGAUCACUACAGUUCCUGCUGAAACAUCCACCACUACAGCAGGAGAAACCACAACAGCACCACAAACUAGUGUUACAACAGCUGAAUCGUCCACAACACCUACAACAACAGCAGUGUCCUCAGCGACCACUACAGUUCCUGCUGAAUCAUCCACCACUACAGCAGGAGAAACCACAACAGCACCACAAACUAGUGUUACAACAGCUGAAUCCUCCACAACACCAACAACAACAGCAGUGUCCUCAGCGACCACUACAGUUCCUGCUGAAACGUCCACCACUACAGCAGGAGAAACCACAACAGCACCUCAAACAAGUGUUACAACAGCUGAAUCCUCCACAACACCAACAACAACAGCAGUGUCCUCAGCGACCACUACAGUUCCCGCUGAAACGUCCACCACUACAGCAGGGGAGACCACAACAGCACCUCAAACUAGUGUUACAACAGCUGAAUCCUCCACAACACCUACAACAACAACAGCAGUGUCCUCAGCGACCACUACAGUUCCCGCUGAAACGUCCACCACUACAGCAGGAGAAACCACAACAGCACCACAAACAAGUGUUACAACAGCUGAAUCCCCCACAACACCUACAACAACAACAGCAGUGUCCUCAGCGACCACACCAGUUCCCGCUGAAACAUCCACCACUACAGCAGGAGAAACCACAACAGCACCUCAAACUAGUGUUACAACAGCUGAAUCCUCCACAACACCUACAACAACAACAGCAGUGUCCUCAGCGACCACUACAGUUCCCGCUGAAACAUCCACCACUACAGCAGGAGAAACCACAACAGCACCUCAAACUAGUGUUACAACAGCUGAAUCAUCCACAACACUAACAACAACAGCAGUGUCCUCAGCGACCACUACAGUUCCUGCUGAAACAUCCACCACUACAGCAGGAGAAACCACAACAGCACCUCAAACUAGCAUUACAACAGCUGAAUCGUCCAUAACAUCUACAACAACAGCAGUGUCCUCAGCGACCACUACAGUUCCCGCUGAAACAUCCACGACUACAGCAGGAGAAACCACAACAGCACCACAAACUAGUGUUACAACAGCUGAAUCAUCCACAACACUAACAACAACAGCAGUGUCCUCAGCGACCACUACAGUUCCUGCUGAAACGUCCACCACUACAGCAGGAGAAACCACAACAGCACCUCAAACUAGCAUUACAACAGCUGAAUCGUCCAUAAAACCUACAGCAACAGCAGUGUCCUCAGCGACCACUACAGUUCCUGCUGAAUCAUCCACCACUACAGCAGGAGAAACCACAACAGCACCACAAACUAGUGUUACAACAGCUGAAUCGUCCACAACACCUACAACAACAGCAGUGUCCUCAGCGACCACUACAGUUCCUGCUGAAUCAUCCACCACUACAGCAGGAGAAACCACAACAGCACCACAAACUAGUGUUACAACAGCUGAAUCCUCCACAACACCUAUAACAACAUCAGUGUCCUCAGCGACCACUACAGUUCAUGCUGAAACAUCCACGACUACAGCAGGAGAAACCACAACAGCACCACAAACUAGUGUUACAACAGCUGAAUCGUCCACAACACCUACAACAACAGCAGUGUCCUCAGCGACCACUACAGUUCCUGCUGAAUCAUCCACCACUACAGCAGGAGAAACCACAACAGCACCACAAACUAGUGUUACAACAGCUGAAUCCUCCACAACACCAACAACAACAGCAGUGUCCUCAGCGACCACUACAGUUCCUGCUGAAACGUCCACCACUACAGCAGGAGAAACCACAACAGCACCUCAAACAAGUGUUACAACAGCUGAAUCCUCCACAACACCAACAACAACAGCAGUGUCCUCAGCGACCACUACAGUUCCCGCUGAAACGUCCACCACUACAGCAGGGGAGACCACAACAGCACCUCAAACUAGUGUUACAACAGCUGAAUCCUCCACAACACCUACAACAACAACAGCAGUGUCCUCAGCGACCACUACAGUUCCCGCUGAAACGUCCACCACUACAGCAGGAGAAACCACAACAGCACCACAAACAAGUGUUACAACAGCUGAAUCCCCCACAACACCUACAACAACAACAGCAGUGUCCUCAGCGACCACACCAGUUCCCGCUGAAACAUCCACCACUACAGCAGGAGAAACCACAACAGCACCUCAAACUAGUGUUACAACAGCUGAAUCCUCCACAACACCUACAACAACAACAGCAGUGUCCUCAGCGACCACACCAGUUCCCGCUGAAACAUCCACCACUACAGCAGGAGAAACCACAACAGCACCUCAAACUAGUGUUACAACAGCUGAAUCAUCCACAACACUAACAACAACAGCAGUGUCCUCAGCGACCACUACAGUUCCUGCUGAAACAUCCACCACUACAGCAGGAGAAACCACAACAGCACCUCAAACUAGCAUUACAACAGCUGAAUCGUCCAUAACAUCUACAACAACAGCAGUGUCCUCAGCGACCACUACAGUUCCCGCUGAAACAUCCACGACUACAGCAGGAGAAACCACAACAGCACCACAAACUAGUGUUACAACAGCUGAAUCAUCCACAACACUAACAACAACAGCAGUGUCCUCAGCGACCACUACAGUUCCUGCUGAAACGUCCACCACUACAGCAGGAGAAACCACAACAGCACCUCAAACUAGCAUUACAACAGCUGAAUCGUCCAUAACACCUACAGCAACAGCAGUGUCCUCAGCGACCACUACAGUUCAUGCUGAAACAUCCACGACUACAGCAGGAGAAACCACAACAGCACCACAAACUAGUGUUACAACAGCUGAAUCGUCCACAACACCUACAACAACAGCAGUGUCCUCAGCGACCACUACAGUUCCUGCUGAAUCAUCCACCACUACAGCAGGAGAAACCACAACAGCACCACAAACUAGUGUUACAACAGCUGAAUCCUCCACAACACCUACAACAACAACAGCAGUGUCCUCAGCGGCCACUACAGUCUCUGCUGAAACAUCCACUACUACAGCAGGAGAAACCACAACAGCACCUCAAACUAGCAUUACAACAGCUGAAUCGUCCAUAACAUCUACAACAACAGCAGUGUCCUCAGCGACCACUACAGUUCCUGCUGAAUCAUCAACCACUACAGCAGGAGAAACUACAACAGCACCACAAACUAGCAUUACAACAGCUGAAUCGUCCGUAACACCUACAGCAACAGCAGUGUCCUCAGCGACCACUACAGUUCAUGCUGAAACAUCUACCACUACAGCAGGAGAAACCACAACAGCACCACAAACUAGUGUUACAACAGCUGAAUCCUCCACAACACCUACAACAACAUCAGUGUCCUCAGCAACCACUACAGUUCCUGCUGAAACAUCUACCACUACAGCAGGAGAAACCACAACAGCACCACAAACUAGUGUUACAACAGCUGAAUCCUCCACAACACCUACAACUACAGCAGUGUCCUCAGCGACCACUACAGUUCCUGCUGAAACAUCUACCACUACAGCAGGAGAAACCACAACAGCAACACAAACUAGUGUUACAACAGCUGAAUCGUCCACAACACCUACAACAACAUCAGUGUCCUCAGCAACCACUACAGUUCCUGCUGAAACAUCUACCACUACAGCAGGAGAAACCACAACAGCACCACAAACAAGUGUUACAACAGCUGAAUCCUCCACAACACCUACAACAACAGCAUUGUCCUCAGCGGCCACUACAGUUUCUGCUGAAUCAUCCACCACCACAGCAGGAGAAACCACAACAGCACCUCAAACUAGCGUUACAACAGCUGAAUCCUCCACAACACCUACAACAACAGCAGUGUCCUCAGCGACCACUACAGUUCCUGCUGAAAUAUCCACCACUACAGCAGGAGAAACCACAACAGCACCACAAAAUAGUGUUACAACAGCUGAAUCCUCCACAACACCUACAACAACAACAGCAGUGUCCUCAGCGACCACUACAGUUCCUGCUGAAACAUUUCCUGCUCUUUUGUCUACGGCAUCUACAGAGUCUACAGCAUCUACAGCAUCUACAGUUUCUGCAGCAUCUACAGCUUCUACAGCAUCUACUGCAUCUACAGAGUCUACAGCUUCUACAGCAUCUACAGCUUUGACAGUGUCUACAGCAUCUACAACUUCUACAGCAUCCACUGCUUCUACAGCAUCUACAGAGUCUACAGUUUCUACAGCAUCUACAGCAUCUACAGUGUCUACAGUUUCUACAGCAUCUACAGCUUCUACACCUUCUACAGCAUCUACAGCUUUGACAGUGUCUACAGCAUCUACAACUUCUACAGCAUCUACUGCAUCUACAACUUCUACAACUUUCACAACAACUACUGCAAAAAUACCUGAAGUGAAAUCCGAUCUGGUGUUUCGCUCUUUGGACACAUUUCUAGAUGCGCUCAGCAAUCAAACCUCAGAGGAGUUCAAGAAUAGGUCUAAGCUUGUUAUAGAUCAGCUUGAAGGAAUCUACAGACCCAAAUAUAUUAAUUUCCUCAGAGUGAUUGUCAUAGGAUUCAGAGCUGGGUCAAUCAUCACAACAACAGAAAUAUUCUUCAGCCUUAACCAACCUGCCCCAUCUGUUCAAGAGAUUUCAAACACCCUCUUGACAGCAGUGAAUACAGGAGGUGUCAAUCCACUGAACAUAAUUCCUCAGUCAGUUUCAGUCAAUGGUUCAGCUUCAACUACAACUAUCGCUCCUACAGUAACUACAACUUCAAGUGGAUUAAAGAUUGAAUCAAGUCUGCUUCAAGCAACAUGCCUUAUUAUUAUGUCUAAGAUAUUAAGACAUUUUAUAUAGAUCCCUUAAUAAUAUAUCAACCAAACAUAAGGGUACAACUAGACAUGCUGUAACAAACUAAACAAAGAGCAAAUUUAUUUAUUAUGUGAUAUAUAGUAUUUCCAUUGUAGCACACUCUCAAAUAAUGGUAUAAAGCAAUAUAAAGAUAAGCUUGAUAAUGCAUUUUUUUCUCAAGAAUAUAUUUGCAGAUAUUUGUUUAACAGCAGGCUGUUUUCUAGGAGAGAGAAGUCGAUCUUUUUUUUCCUCAUGUAUUUCCUAAUGUAUGUUUUCAAAUGUAAACACUGUAAAAGCUAUUUGUAUAUUUGUUUUAAGGAUAAAUACUUGUCAUACUUUGUUGUCUAAGUUGUAAUAGCAAUAUGUCAUAUUUAUUUUAAUCAAAUAAAAAUAUUUAUUAAGUUUA